ACAUGAAGGUUGGUGCAAGUUCAAAAUAACCUGCAAUGUUGGUACCUGUCGCCACAACCACCAUCCCCUGGUGCAUCGUGAUCAACCAAGCGUCCCGGCGGGUCCAGCACGAUCGUCUUUGAACCCUACACCAAGCUCCAGCUUCCACUGUGUGCAUGUAAACUCCACGCCGUCCAUUAUGUUCCGCAUCGCUCCUGUCGUGCUGUUCAAUGGUAAUAAGUCUAUCCACGCGUUAGCAUAUCUAGAUGAGGGAUCCGAGUUAACGCUCAUUGACGAGGAUUUGGUUCGCGACCUACGAGUCAAUGGAAAGGUGCAGCCUCUGAAACUACGCUGGACGGGAAACAUCGUUCGUGAGGAGCGUAAUUCGGAAUGCGUUUCUUUGAAGAUUUCCGGAGUGAAAAGUUGUCAUCGUUUUGACCUGAAGGAUGCACAUACCGUCGACAGGUUGUACCUUCCCAGACAACACGUCAACUUUCGUGAAAUUGUGCGUCAAUAUCGAUACUUGGAUGGUGUUAGAGUAGCAGACCAAGUGGGUGAUCAACCGAAGCUCCUCAUCGGUCUCAACAAUGCGUAUCUACUGGCACCUUUGGAAUCCCGCAUUGGUGGUGUAGAUGAGCCGAUCGGUGUAAAGUCGCACCUUGGCUGGACUGUAUAUGGCCCUAGACGAUCGCCACCUCCCACGGAAAGUUUCGUUGGAUAUCACGCGAGAUUGACGAACGAAGAAUUACACAACGCUAUGAGGAAGUACUUUACCGUGGAGGACGUAGAAGGUACAGUCAGUCAACUCCCCGAAUCAGUAGCAGAUCGUCGAGCCCGAGACAUCAUGCAAAAUACGACAGUAAAACGAAACGGCCGUUACGAGACGGGUCUUCUUUGGAAAGUAGAUGACUUUCGGUUUCCUGACAGCCUGCCGAUGGCCCUACAUCGACUUCGUGGAUUAGAGCGUCGUCUGGACAGAGAUCCCAAUUUGGACAGGAAGGUUCGGCAGCAAAUCCAGGAAUACCAAACCAAGAAAUACAUCCAUAAAGCGUCAGCGGAAGAGUUGGAAACCUCCAAUCAAGCUAGGGUCUGGUACCUCCCCCUAAAUGUGGUUCAAAACCCUAAAAAACCUGAAAAGGUUCGAUUGGUCUGGGACGCCGCCGCACAAGUUCGAGGAAUAUCGCUCAACUCAAUGUUGUUACCCGGUCCAGAUUUAUUAGUGCCAUUGACGGCAGUGCUUCAACCGUUCAGAGAGCGUGCGAUAGCCUUUGGAGGAGAUCUACAAGAGAUGUUCCACCAGUUCACCAUUCGUGAGGCCGACAAGCAGGCGCAGCGGUUUGUGUUUCGCGUUGAUCGUGACAAUGAUCCGGAAAUCUUCAUAAUGGAUGUCGGAACCUUUGGCGCAACCUGCUCUCCAGCGUCGGCGCAGUAUAUCAAAAAUCAUAAUGCUUCACAGUACGCUGAACAAUACCCGGAAGCUGCUCGUUCCAUAGUUCGUCUGCAUUACGUCGACGAUUAUCUCGACAGUGCAGAUGACGUCGACGAGGCUGUGGAACGUGCCAAACAGGUCCGAUUCAUCCAUUCUCAAGCUGGGUUCACCAUCCAUAAAUGGAUUUCAAAUUCCCCGAGGUUUCUCGAGGAACUAGGCGAACACAACACAGAGGACAAGAUUUCACUGCAACACUGCAACGAAGGCUCUGCAGAACGUGUAUUGGGACUUAUAUGGCACCCCAAGGAAGACGUCUUCAUGUUUUUAACGGCGGUACGGGACGAUUUGGCGCCAUACUUGCUAGCGACCGCUCGCCCAACCAAAAGGUUGGCUCUCAGCUGCGUCAUGAGCCUGUUUGAUCCACUGGGCUUGCUGGCGCCUUUCACUCUACAUAGAAAAAUAUUGCUACAAGAAUUGUGGAAAAGCGGUUGUAAUUGGGACCAAGAGAUCAACGAUGAGUGUUUCAGCAAAUGGACGUGGUGGAGGAAUACUCUUUCUUCAAUCGAGAAUUUACAAAUUCCUCGAUGCUACCUGAAAGGAGUUUCAGCCGCAGCCUACGACACCUUGCAACUCCAUGUCUUUUGCGAUGGCAGCUCUCACGCAUACGGAUGCGUAGCUUAUUUCCGCCUGGAAACCCCUAGCGGAAUAAUCUGUAGUCUGGUGAUGGCCAAAACCAAAGUUGCCCCUUUGAAGCAGCUCUCGAUUCCCCGGAUGAAGCUUCAAGCAGCGGUCCUCGGUGCUCGGUUGGCUAACACGGUGGUUGCAAACCAUAGAGUAAAGAUCACCAAGCGCAUUCUUUGGUCUGAUUCUCGAACGGUCCUGUCAUGGAUCCAAUCGGACCAGAGGAAAUACAAGCCCUUCGUUGGAUUUCGGAUAGGAGAAAUUUUGCAAGAAACAGCUGUGGACGACUGGCGUUACAUCCGAACAAAAAUGAACAUCGCAGAUUUGCUCACCAAGAAAAGACGAGAAAGUAGCCUGACUUCAGAUGGCGAAUGGUUCCAUGGCCCGAGAAUUCUAUACGCCCCUGAAGAAAGUUGGAUCGGGAUCAACGAAAUGGCUCCCAAUACGAAUGAGGAGUUGCGCGCUUGUCAUCUUUUUCACGCUGACCAGGCAGUCGAGUUCCAAGGACCUUUAAUUGACGUGCCACGCUUCUCCAAGUGGAAUGUGUUGGUACGCACUAUAGCGUGUGUGUUUCGCUUCAUCUCUAACUGUCGUAGAAAGCGGAAGAACAAACCGAUAGAGGUCAUCGAAACUACCGAGAAGACCAAUAAGCUCGUCUGCCGAACAUUAAGUCUAAUCGUAGCCCCUCUCAAGCAGGAGGAAUAUGAAAUUGCUGAAAUCGUCUUAUGGAAACUGGCCCAAAGCGAUGUCUUCGGAGAAGAAAUAACCAUUCUUCGGCGCAAUCAGAAAUCAACCAUGGAGAGUUGGGGGAAGAUCGACAGGAAACACUUCCUGUACAAGCUCUCGCCCUUUCUAGAUGAUCACCAAGUUCUACGCGUGGAUGGCCGCUUGAGCGAGUCUGAAUUCAUUCCAUACGACUCCCGUUUUCCCAUCAUUUUACCAAGUCACCAUGCAGUCACGGAUCUCCUGAUUGACCACCUUCACCAACGCUUUGGACACGCAUACAAAGAUACGGUUGUGAAUGAACUUCGAAGGAGAUUCUACGUUCCACGAGUAAGAGCUUGUGUCUCGAAAGUGGUUAAAAGGUGCCAGUCCUGCAAAUUGAGGAAGAGUGAACCCCUUACUCCCCGAAUGGCUCCCCUUCCAGUAGAGCGGCUAACGCCAUUCAUUCGUCCCUUCAGUUAUGUUGGGAUUGAUUACUUCGGUCCAGUAGAUGUAGUCGUUGGAAGACAUAGUGAAAAAAGAUGGAUAGUACUUUUUACUUGCUUGUCAAUACGAGCUGUCCAUCUAGAAGUGGCACAUAAACUGGACACAGCAUCCUGCAUAAUGGCUAUACGGAGGUUUGUCCUAAGACGAGGUCCGCCCAUUUCAAUAUUUUCGGACAACGGUACAAACCUCAAAGCAGCAAACAAGGAGUUACAGGAGCAGAUCAAACGUAUUGAUACAUCGUGUGCCAAUGUCUUCACAAACGCCCGUACGCAAUGGAGAUUUAGCCCGCCAUCAGCGCCCCACAUGGGGGGCAUUUGGGAGCGCAUGGUGCGCUCCGUCAAACAAGUGAUGUCGGAGUUGAACGGCGGUAGAAGGCUGAACGAUGAAACUUUAUUGACAGUGAUAUCUGAAGCCGAAGAGAUCGUCAAUUCGAGACCACUCGUAUACUUGCCUCAAGAUUCGAUGCAUGCGGAAGCGUUAACGCCAAAUAGCUUUGUUAGGGGAGUAACAUCAUGUUUGGAUAACCCAGGAAUUUCACCUACAAACCAAGCUGAAGCCCUUCGAAAUGCUUAUAAGCGUUUACAGAUAACUGCAGAUGCCUUGUGGAAACGGUGGAUACACGAAUAUCUACCAGGUCUGAAUCACCGUAGCAAAUGGUUGGAAGAAAGCAAACCGUUGGCUCCGGGGGACUUAGUCUUCAUCGUAGACGGACACAGUAGGAAUGGAUGGAUUCGAGGCCAAGUAGAAUCUGUAUUUGCUGGCAGAGACGAUCGUAUCCGACAAGCAUUAGUACGCACCGCCAAUGGAGUGUAUCGUCGACCUGUAACUAAGUUGGCAGUGAUUGAGGUUGCAUCUUCUGGUAAACCUGAUCCCGAUUCAGGUUCCGGUCAGGAUUUACGGGCCGGGGAACUGUUACGACCACUAUCAACCGACGGUGCACCUACUGUUUGAGCUACGUUGCGACGACUGACAUUGACGGAUUGAAUCUAUUGUGUCGAAGAGGAGAUUUUUUCGUGAUAGCCAUCAAAUGGUGAUAACGUGGUCUCGAUAUGUGCGAUAUGCUAGGUGUUGAAUUUAUAUGAAUUUAUUGGUUGAUAUUGGAUCUAUAAGUGUGCUUAAGUGACGAAUGAACUAUUAACUAGAUUGUUUGCCAACAUAGGUUAGAUUCCCUACGUAAUCACACGCGACCCUAUCUGCGAAUACUGCCGUGAAACUUGUUGGAAUUUAUACCUGUUACACAUAUGUAAGACCGUAACAUGCACUACUGAAAACAUAAGUUACUAAAAUUUUACUCAUGUAGCCACUUUAGACCGCCUCCGUUGGUUGAACGUUGCCUAUCGCCCUUGCUGAAUUCAGGGAUUGAACACUAAAUAUGUAACAUAACAUUAUAUGAUAACGUUUCAAGUUAAUAAUAAAACCUAUUUUUUAGUUUGAGCCGAUUACCUAAAACCGCGCUGCUUCAAAAUUUUGUGACUGCUCUGUGUCCGAACACUA